AUGCUGGUAUGCACACCGUUAUCUGGGGAUAAUUACAAUCCUUGGUGUCAGUUCAUGCUCAUGGCUCAUAGUGCCAAGAAUAAGAUUAGAUUUGUAGAUGGUACCUUGAAGCAACCACUAAAUACUGCUAGUGCUGAGUUCAGAAUUUGGACUCGUUGCCAUGAUCUAGUUGCAUCAUGGAUUAUGAAUUCCAUCUCGAAGGAGAUUGCAACUUCUCUCAUCUAUAUGACCAAUGCUGAAGCUAUUUGGUUGGAUUUGAAAGAAAGGUUUUCACAGAAGAAUGGUCUAAGGAUUUUUCAGUUGCAGAAGUUUCUUUCCACUCUCACUCAAGGCAACAUAUUUGAGGCCAAAUUCUGCUUCAUGAUCCAAUUCCCUUUAACCAAAGUUUUCUCUCUAAUUGUUCAAGAAGAAAAACAGAGAGAAAUUUCUCUUAGUUCAUUGUCUCAUGAAACUGCUGCACUCAUGACAAGAAAUUCACAAGUUGGAAAUAGGUUUAGCCAACCUACAAAGCGAAAAGUCAAGAAGGAAAAACCAGUUUGCUGUCAUUGUAAAAUUCCUGGACACACUGUAGAUAAGUGUUACAAGCUUCAUGGCUAUCCUCCAAGAUUCCAGUUUACAAGAAAUAGGUCUGCAUUUGCUCCACAUUUAGCAAACUAUGUUCAAGAUGUUGCUGUUAUGGAGGAAUCUUCUCCUCCUUCUGAACAGUUCUCUCCACAAUUGCCAAUCAAUUUUGAUCAGUGUCAACAAUUGAUGAGCAUGCUGAAACAGUUUUCUCCAAGUCCUUCUGCCAUGUUUGUCAUGUCUCCAGCUUCUGUAAACACAAUUUGUUGUGUGCAUAAUCAGGAUCAUCUUUUUUCAAAGAUGACAGGUUCAUCUUCUAUUAUUGAUCUUGAUUUUAAACAUUAUAUUUUUUCUGUUAACACAAUUCACGCUUCCAUUCAUAGUGAUCCGAAACACAACCCUUGGAUCAUUGACACGGGUGCCACAGAUCACAUGAUCUGUUCUUUGUCAUUGUUUACUUCUAUAUCAGCUGUAGUUUCCACUCAUGUCAAAUUACCAAAUGGUUCUAUUGUUUCUGUUACACAUAAUCUACACCAUUGGAAAACGAUUGGGGUGGGUAAGGAGCAAGGUGGAUUAUUUCUUUUAUUGCAACAACAUGAGAGAUUGGCUUCAUCACCUCACUUACUUUCCCAUGUUUCUUUCACCCAAAUAGCAGCACCUUCUACAGAUGUGUGGCACUACAGAUUAGGUCAUCCUUCCAUUGCUAGGCUACAAUUGUUGAAUAGCAUUGUACCUGAAAUUUCUUUUGAUUUCAUUCUAAACAUAAAUGUAGUUUUUCAUGAAACCAUUUUUCCAUAUGCUUCCAAUCUUACUAAUCCAAAUGCAGAUGGUUGUUUUAGUCUUAGGUCCAUUCCAACCAUUAAUACUGAUUUGGUUAACAUUGAUCAUUUUGUUUUAACCAAUGACAUUCAAUCUCCAAAUUCAAGUUUUCUUGAUAAUAUACAAUCUCCAAAUUCAAGUUCUUCUGAUUCAGUAAAUGUUUCUGCUGAUCUGAAUUUUGAUUCCAAUACUUCCCAUUCCAAUCCUACCAUUAAUGACAACCAAUCUCCUCAAACCACACUUCAACCUAGAAGAUCUUCCAGGAUGAAACAAACUCCUUGUUAUCUGCAAGAUUAUCAUUGUCACUUGGCUUCUUCUCCAUCACUCUCUAAUUCAAUGGCUCAUGAUUCUUCUACCAUUUCAGGUAUUCCUCAUUCAUUGUCAUCUUUUAUUCCUUAUGAUUGUUUAUCCUUGAAUCAUAAACAUUUUUGCUUGUCUAUUUCAUCACAUGUUGAACCACAAUUUUAUCACCAAGCUGUUUCUAGUCCAGAAUGGAGAGAUGCCAUGAAAAAGGAGAUCGAAGCUCUUGAGGAGAACAAGACAUGGAUUGUUACUGAUUUGCCUCCCAAUAAACAUCCCAUUGGUUGUAAAUGGGUAUACAAAAUCAAACAUAAUGUUGAUAGCAGUAUUGAAAGGUAUAAGGCAAGGUUGGUUGCCAAGGGUUAUACUCAAAGUGAGGAAUUGGAUUAUCAUAAGCGUUUUCUCCUGUGGCAAAGAUGA